AUGGAUAUCGCAAAUCUACGGCCUCUCAUACACACCGAGCACAAGAAAAUCAUUACAAAAUUCGUAAAACCGUCGCUAGCUUCUCACCACCGGAAAACGAUCCGUAUUUCUAUGACCGAUCCCGACGCCACCGAUUCGUCUAGCGACGAAGAGGAGCUUCUGUUCCCGCCCCGCAAAAUAAAAAAGUACGUGACGGAGAUAAGGAUAGAGACGGCUGAUAAGAAGCGGAGCGCCGCCGCUCUCAAUUCCAAACCCGAGCCUCCGGCGGCGGGAGGAGAAUGCCGGAAGUUCCGGGGAGUGCGGCGGCGGCCGUGGGGGAAAUGGGCGGCGGAAAUAAGAGACCCUUGCAAAAAGGUGAGGCUAUGGCUGGGAACUUACGACACGGCGGAGGAGGCCGCGAUGGCGUACGACAACGCCGCGGUCAAACUCCGGGGACCGGACUCUUUGACCAACUUUAAAGUUCCGACGAGUAAGGCCGAGUGUUUCGAUAAUCGUUCGUCGCCGGCUUCUGUUAUCGGCUUCGUAAGCAGCAGCAGCGACGAGGAGAGCUCGCCCAGCGCUUCAAAAAUCGAAGACGUUGGGCCGGAUUAUUCUAGCGACUCGUUGCCAAUGACGGCGGAAUUCUUGGGAGAUUUUUUCAAUUUUGAUGCAGAAGAGCAGACAUUAUUGUUUGAUACCGGUGAUAAUUAUUUAGGAUCUGGGGAUUUUAAUGAUUCGCCUGUAGGCGAAUUGGACGUCGGAGAGUUGAAAUGUGAAUUUCCCGGGCUGUUUAAAGAUUCGUUUCAAGAUGGAGAUGUUAAAUGCUUGAUUCGAGAUGAGUUUGAGGCGCAAAACAUGUUUGAGUUCGGAGAUUUUAAUGAUUCGUCUAUGCAAGAAAAUUUCGGCGACUUUGAUGCUUCUAAGCUUAGUUUAGUUAGGUUCGAAGAAGACUUUUGUCAAGAAAAUUUCUUAGAUAUGUUUGCAGAUUGA